AUGGACGAAAACGCGAGUAAAGCAGACCUUGGUCUCCUGGACCUGCCCUGGGAGGAUGUCCUGGUCCCUCACGUCUUGUCCCAUGUCCCUCUCCAGACUCUGGUUCAGCUGCAGCGAGUUUCCAAACAGUUCCUCAGCCUCAUUCAGCUCUACCUCGCCAACUGCAGACACUUCCACCUCGCUCCGCUGGGUCCGACUCUGCCCAGAGAAGCCUUCUGCUCUCUGCUCCGAGACUCUCGCUCGCUGCAGUCUCUUUCUCUGCACUGCUGCUCAGACUGGCUGUCGGACUCAGACCUGCUGCCUGUGAUCGGACAGAACCUGCAGCUUCACCGCGUGGAGCUGCGUGGCUGCUCUGGUCUCACACGGCGCUCUCUGGUGGCCGUGUCGCUCACCUGCGCCCAGCUCUCGCACCUGGGGUUGGCGCACUGCGAGUGGGUGGAUGCUCUGUCUCUGAGGAGUCUGGCGGAUCACUGCCUUCAUCUGCAGUCAAUAGACCUCACCGCCUGCAGGCGGCUCAAAGACGAGUCCGUCUGUUACUUGGCUCGAAAGUGCGUGAAGCUGCGGAGCGUGUCUCUGGCCGUGAACGCCAACGUGACGGACGAAGCGGUGGAGGCUCUGGCCAAGAGCUGCAGAGGACUGGAGAGUCUGGACCUGACUGGCUGCCUGCGAGUCCACGACCACAGCAUCAGGACCCUGGCGGAGUACUGCCCUGGCCUCCUCUCUCUCAGAGUGAAUCAUUGUCAUAAUGUGUCAGAGCAGAGUCUGGAGCCUCUGAGGAGGAGGGGGGUGGAGAUGGACGUGGAGCCUCCCCAUCAGAGGGCGCUAGUGCUGCUGCAAGACGUCCUGGGCUUCGCUCCAUUUAUCAACCUGCAGAUAUAA